AUGCACACCAAGUCACACACCUACAGAGAGGAAAAGAAAAACACAAAAAAAGAACAACAACAACAGGAUACCAACAGUACACAGAGCACUCAACAAUACAAUAAUCACAGCUGCCACUCCCAUCAAAGAAAAACAUUCACCCACACCAGCACAUCAACUCAACCCACAGAUAAAAAAGGAAAAACAGACCCAUUACGUGAAGCCGAAGCAGAACAGUCCCAGUCCACCUCCCCACAGGUUGCAGUCACUCAAGCAAACCACACAACACACUACAAGGGAGGAAAUAUGUUCGUGGCAAUGCCGUGA